CAUCAGUGCAAUGGAGGUCACCGCCGGGAAAUUUGGUCCCGAAAAACUUCUUAUUAUCUUCCUUUACGCUGGAUUACUGUUGCCAGGAGUGCAAUGUCUACUUUAUCCAAGGGAAUCAGAGUCCAGAGAAAUGAAGGAUCUAAACGGAAUGUGGGAUUUUCGUAUUGAUUCUUCUGCAAGUCGACGCGAAGGCUUGGACAGAAAAUGGUUCUCUUCAAAACUGAGUCAUACUGGCCCAGUGAUGUCCAUGCCUGUACCAUCCAGUUAUAAUGACAUCACAGUUGACAAAAGCAUUCGGGAUUUCGUUGGUUGGGCCUGGUAUGAUCGUGAAUUUUUUGUAUCCGCUGACUGGCAGAAUAAACGAAUCAUGAUGAGGUUUGACAGCGCACAUUACUUUUCAAUGGUGUGGAUAAAUGGCCAGGAGUUAGUCUCUCACAAUGGCGGACAUUUGCCAUUUGAAGCCGAGGUGAAUAAACUGGUGAAUUUUAAUGAGGUGAAUUAUGUCACCAUAGCGAUAAAUAAUACAUUGACACCAACCACCCUUCCCCCUGGCACUAUACAAUAUAAGACUGAUACUAAAAGGUAUCCACCAGGUUAUUUUGUUCAGAAUCUUCAGAUGGAUUUCUUCAAUUAUGCAGGAAUUCAUCGCUCGGUGCGCCUGUAUACUACUCCCAAAUCCUACCUCAGUGAUGUUACCAUAACAACUAAUUUCUCAGGAACAGAAGGCCUAGUGAAUUACGCACUUAAAGUUAACGGCACACAAUCUCCAUCAGCUACAUACAGAGUAGUAGUAAUAGAUAAAGCUGGUAAAGAAUACGGCCCAGCUGUAAAACCAUCAGACAUUAUCCACAUUCAAAAUGUCCAUCUCUGGUGGCCCUAUACAAUGAAUUCAGAAGACCCUGCGUAUAUGUACACAUUGAAGAUUACCGUAACAACAGCAGAUGGGACUGAUGUAUACAGACAACCAUUUGGUGUUCGCACUGUCAAGACAACAAACUCAACAUUUCUUAUAAACAACAAAGCAUUUUAUUGCCAUGGCGCAGCUAAACAUGAGGAUUCUGACAUUCGUGGAAAGGGGCUGGAUUUCCCUCUGAUUGCCAGGGACUUCGUAAUGAUGAAAUGGCUUGGGAUUAACUGCUUCAGAACCUCCCAUUAUCCUUAUGCAGAGGAGAUCUUGGACCAAGCAGAUCAACAAGGCAUUGUAGUCAUAGAUGAAAGCCCAGGUGUUGGCAUUAAAUUUCCCGAUAACAUGGGGAAUAUAUCUGUGGCACACCACAUGGAAGUUAUGGGAGAGAUGUAUGCCAGAGACAAGAAUCGACCUGCAGUAGUCAUGUGGUCAGUCGCCAAUGAACCUGCAAGUAGUCUUCCUGAGGCUGACCAUUAUUUCAAGUCUGUAAUUGGGCAUAUAAGACAGUUAGACCCCACUAGACCCGUGACAUUUGUAUCUGGGGGUGGAGGUUGGAAUACAGAUAGAGCAGCUCAAUACGUAGAUGUCCUAUGUAUUAACCAUUACUAUGGUUGGUAUAGUGAUACAGGGGUGACUGGUGUUAUACAAAGACAACUCACUGAAGACCUGACAAAUUGGAACAAGAGGUUCAACAAACCUGUCAUAAUUACUGAAUAUGGGGCUGAUACCAUAGCUGGUCUGCAUAGGGUGCCAUCCUUCAUCUUCACUGAGGAAUACCAGGUUGAUUUUAUGCGAGAAUAUCAUGCUGUGUUUGACAAACUGCGCACACAAUUCUUUGUUGGAGAAAUGGUGUGGAACUUUGCAGAUUUUAUGACAAUUGAACAAAUAACCAGAGUUGUUGGUAACAAAAAAGGGCUGCUGAAUCGUCAACGGGAACCAAAGAUGGCUGCUCACUUUAUUAGAGAUCGCUAUUUGUCACUAGCCAAUGGACUUGAUCCAGCAUCAUGCAACAAGAAUGGCUGGAAAUGGUUGCCAUAGUUACCGAAUUAAAUCUGUCUACUUUGGUGGAACUUUGGGAAACUAAAGAUUUACGGCAAAAUCCAGUAAUAAUAUUAGAAUCGUGAAUAAAAAAUCCUGAAAGAAAUAUGAGAAAUCAUGGGCUUCCAAGAGAAAGCCCAUAGAGAAAUCAAAAAUUAAUUGACAAUGUUUUAAUAAUGCAAGCAUAAUGAGUUAUAUAUUAGAUGCUUUUUAAAGCUAACAGUCAACCGAAAAUUCCAUCACUGUAAGAUUGUUUUUAGGAUAUGAAUUUACGAAUGGUUUACUCCCAAAGUUCCAUCAAGAGCAUAAUACAUUGCCAAGUGUGUCUCUUUAUGAGUGAUGCCAUCUAUUUUGAACUGAUAUGGAAUUCAUGGCAGUUGGAUGAAUUCAUAUUGAAACUUUUGGAAUGAGGGUUGGCAAUUGGAAAAUUGUAUCUGAACUCAGAAGUUAAGUUAAACAGAAGUAAUUUUGGAUGUGAAUAGACAAUUAAUGCAUUUUAUUGCCAUAUGCAUUUUUCUGUCAUACGAGUAUAAAAUGUUUGUUUUAUUAUUCUAUUUUUAUUAUAUAGUAUUUACUUUAAAGUUAAGAUAGAUUACUGUUGUGUUUUAUGUUUACAGUAUUUGAUUUAUAUUUCCUCACAAUAAUUUAUCCAUGAAUUUACCUUCUUACAUAUUAUAUUGCCUCCAACGGUUUGUUAGCGUUUGAAGGAUAUGAACGGUUGUAUUUUAUUUACAUCCGAUAUUCAUUUUAAAGCAUGCUAGGGAUUUAUUUUGGUGUAAUAAUUAUUUUAAAACAUCUGCAUUGAUAUUUGCAUUUAUUUCUUCUGGCAAUUGAUAUGAAAAUAUUAUUUAGGGAAUGUGCAAUGUAGGCUCAAGUUCAGGUAUUUUUUAGAAAUUGUAAUUUUUGUGUCACCUCCGUAAGUGGUGACGUAUUGUUAAAGUCUCCAUCCUUUUGUGGUCGGUUUUCGGCGGUCGAUAUCUGUAACAAAUGGCAAGUGGUGACAUU